AUUAGCGACAGAGCAACUGAAAAAUCUGUUGCAGUCUGGCUGAGGGAAAACAAAGCUUAGAGUUUGACCCUUUUCCUCUGGGCACGUCAUGACGAGUCCGCGGAGAAAUUAUGAGGGCAAGGAGGAGGAAUUCACGAUGGAGCAUGCGGACAGGAUUCAGCCGUCAAAUAAGAAUCCACAAAUCCUUACCGCCGAAGACUCGGUAGAGCAACAGAUGCUACGGUCUAGGAUAGAUGAACAGUCCACUUUGAUCUGCAUACUGAAGAAAAGAGCGGAUGAAAUGCUUCUAAGAUAUCAAGCCAUACAGAAAAUCAACUCUGAACUUGAAGCCCAAGCAGCCCAACGCCAGAAAGAACUGGACAGCGAAAGAACAAGAGCAGAGCUGUUAACGAGCAGAUUCACAGAUCUGGCCGCCAACAAUCAAGCUAUCAUUUCUUUCAUGGAGGAGCACAAAAAUCUGAAUAGCCAGCUGAAGCUGGAAAAUAGACGGCUGCAGCUGGAAAACGAUUCACACUUUUCACAGAAAUUACAUGAUAAAGAAGUGUUGGUUGAGAAGCUCGUGCAAGAAAACAAGCUGCUGAGAGAUAAAUGUACAACUAAUGAAAAGGAAUCCAGGGAGAAACUAGCUGGAUGUGAGUCAAGACUCAGAGAACAAGCAGCCCAACAUCAAGCCAAGGAAAUGUCACUACAGAAGCAGCUGCUUGAUGCUCAGCAACUGCACAAAGAAGCUGUGGAAAGUUGCGAAGAGCUGAAGCUGAAACUUGCAGAAGCUAAAAAGGAGCACAAGAUGAAGGAAAUCCGCAUGAAAGAAACCAUAACGACUCUGACCAGCGAAAAAGGCAAAUUAUUGGACAUUUCUAUAGAAAGAGGCAAAGCAAUCCAGGAGAAUCAGGAAACAAUCAAGGAGUUGGAGACAAAAUGGAAAAAGGAGGAAAAGGCCAAAAUUGAAGCACAGGACAGAUUUCUAUCGGAGGCAGAAGCAGUAAAUAUAGACACGCGAGUGAAGUCCCUCCAGGCUGCUCUUGACAGAUCCGUGUCAGAGUUGCAGAAGCUGAAAAAGGAUUUUGAUGCUUUCAAGGAACACAGCACCAACCUGCUCACACAGGAGAAGGACUUAAAUCGAAAACUUCGCCAUAUCAUAGGCUAAAGCUCUGCACUGUGUAUAUGGCACAAUGUAUUUUCUCACCAAGUUCUAAUAAAAAUGGA